AGGUGCAGGAUGCCCAACUCGCGGCACUCGCCCCGGGGGCUGCUGCCAGCAGAGCUAACGCCGUGCCCUGUCCCCAGCUGCGCCCCCUGUUCCUCCUGGCCCUGGCAGAUUUCCUGGGUGCCACGGCGCUGCUGGGCACGGGAACCAUCCCGCUGCUGCCGGCCCCCCUCUCCGUGCCCGCCUACGCCGCCUGUCCCUACGGGCGGAUGCUGACCACGACCUCCUACGCCGUCUCGUUCCUCAUGGUCGCUGUUUACGCGUUCGAGUCGCACCGCACCGUGCUCGGGGGGCGAGCCCGGCCCCCGGCAGCGCUGCAGGAGCGGAGCCGCUGCCUGGAGAGCGCCUGGCAGGGAAUUCCGUACGUCCUGGCCUGGCUGGUGCCGGCGCUGACUCUCCUGGCGCAGCUGCUCGCCCGCGGCACCUCCGCCGCCGACAUCGCGCCCGUGGUGCCCUGGGCCGGCUCCAACGACACCUUCAGCCUUUACUGCUCCAGCUGCCUCCUCCUGAUCCACCCGAACCAGGACAUCUGCUCCCAGUCCGGCGGGGGCAAGAACGCGGGGCUGGAGGAGAAAAUCAUCUUCCUGCUGUACCUGCUGCUGGUGCUCGGCUGCUGCUCGCUCCUGUACCGGCGGGUGCGGCUCCGGUGCCGGGGGAACGCGGCGCUGCCGCUGCUGAGCCUGGACAGGGACGGCGGCUUCGGGGGCAGGAGCGGCCGCAGCGUCAGCAAAGCCUCGCUGUACUUCCAGCUGGUUUUCCUGCUCUGCUGGACGCCAGGAUCCUGGCAUGGGAAUGCCGAGGAUCCCAGCACGGGAAUGAUUCCUGAGGAUCCCAGCACGGGAAUGAUUCCCGAGGAUCCCAGCAUGGGAAUGACUCCCGAGGAUCCCGGCACGGGAAUGACUCCCGAGGAUCCCGGCACGGGAAUGACUCCCGAGGAUCCCGGCAUGGGAAUGAUUCCCGAGGAUCCCAGAAUGGGAAUGAUUCCCGAGGAUCCCAGAAUGGGAAUGACUCCCGAGGAUCCUGGCAUGGGAAUGAUUCCCGAGGAUCCCAGAAUGGGAAUGAUUCCCGAGGAUCCCAGAAUGGGAAUGAUUCCCGAGGAUCCUGGCAUGGGAAUGACUCCCGAGGAUCCCGGCAUGGGAAUGCCAAGGACCCCAGCAUGGGAAUGA